AUGCCUGCCGCGUCCCUCGAUACUGCACGAUGGACGGCGUCUGAGGUCGUGCUGCUCGACAUUGCACGCGACUCAUGGUCCGACUCGGACUUUCAAAACCUUAUUGUGGGGUUCCCAGCGGAGACUAAGCAGGACGCCGAUUCUCUCCUUGCUCACGUGGAGGAUUUGACGCGACGAGAUGUCAAAGCUGUGUACCUGAAGCAGCUCCAAGGACACCUCUGGAAGACCGGCUUUACGGAGGGAGACCUGAAGACCCCGCUCUUCACCGACGUCGUCCCCACGCUCACGGCAUGGAAGACCUCCGGGCGCACACUUGCUAUCUUCUCUUCUGGCAGCGUACAAGCUCAGCUCCAGUUCUUCUCUUACGUAGAGGACGGCCCGACGACCAAAGAUGUCAAGCCACUGUUCUCUGCGCACUACGACACGGUGAAGGCGGGUCCAAAGCUGGAGAAAGCCUCAUAUGAGAAGAUCUGCCGUGAGAUGGGCGUGGAUGUGAAAAAGAUCACUUUCUUGACCGACAACGUGAAAGAGGCUGAAGCUGCGACCGCAGCGGGUGUUUAUGCUGUCGUUGUUGACCGCCCUGGUAACGCGCCGUUGUCGGAGGAGUCCAAGGGGACGUAUCCCAUGAUCACGUCGUUGACAGAUCUGCCCGCUUUCUCGUAG